UCAACUCCCCACUGAGGCAGACAGUCUUCUUCCAUCAGCCCACCGGACACUCCCUGGCUCCUUGGGACCCCAUGCCAAGACUCUGCUGCACUCAGAGCCCAGCAUCCCAAAGGCAAGCAGCAGCCCCUACAGGGAAGAAGAGGUCCUCACCAAAUAAUGCUCUUCUGUGUCCACAAAAGGCUCUAAGGGUGUCCAGCUUUACCUUGCCUGUAGUGUGCACAGCUCCCAGCGAUCUGCCUGUUCUGCUCCCCUACUUGUUGCUGUGAAGGCAGGCUCCUUCAGCAUGGAAUACACGGCGUCUCCCAAACCCCAGCUCUCCUCCAGGGCUAAUGCCUUCUCCAUUGCGGCUCUCAUGUCAAGUGGGACAGCCAAGGACAAGGAGACAUCGGAGAACACAAUCAAACCCUUGGAACAAUUUGUGGAGAAGUCAUCCUGUGGACAGCCUCUGAGUGACAUGUCCAGUGUUGAUCACCAUGGGGAGUUUAGCAACAGUCCAUCCUCAUUGUGUACAGAACCCUUAAUCCCCACCACUCCCAUCAUUCCCAGUGAAGAGAUGGCCAAGAUUUCCUGCAGUCUGGAAACGAAAGAGCUUUGGGACAAAUUCCACGACCUGGGAACUGAAAUGAUCAUCACCAAGUCUGGAAGGAGAAUGUUUCCAACAAUAAGGGUUUCAUUUUCGGGAGUUGAUCCAGAAGCCAAAUACAUUGUUCUCAUGGAUAUUGUUCCGGUUGACAAUAAGAGAUACAGAUAUGCCUAUCACCGGUCAUCUUGGCUCGUGGCUGGAAAAGCAGAUCCUCCUUUACCUGCCAGGCUGUAUGUGCAUCCAGAUUCUCCAUUUACUGGGGAGCAGUUGCUGAAGCAAAUGGUGUCGUUUGAAAAAGUCAAGCUCACAAACAAUGAAUUGGAUCAGCACGGCCACAUUAUACUGAAUUCCAUGCAUAAAUACCAGCCAAGGGUACAUAUUAUUAAAAAGAAAGACCACACAGCGUCUCUGCUGAAUCUCAAAUCCGAAGAAUUCCGAACAUUUAUCUUUCAGGAAACGGUUUUUACCGCUGUUACGGCCUAUCAAAACCAACUGAUAACCAAGCUGAAAAUUGACAGCAACCCAUUUGCUAAAGGAUUUCGGGACUCCUCUAGACUUACAGAUAUUGAGAGGGAAAGUGUGGAAAGUCUCAUUCAGAAGCAUUCCUAUGCAAGGUCUCCUAUUCGGACAUAUGGAGCAGAGGAUGACAUCUUGGGGGAAGAUAGUCAAGCAGUGCAAAACAGAGGAUCAGCCUUUACAACAUCCGAUAACUUGUCUAUCAGUUCCUGGGUAUCCUCUACUUCGGGCUUUUCUGGAUUCCAGCACCCUCAGUCCCUGACAGCACUGGGCACCAGCACUGCUUCCCUGGCCACGCCACUCUCCCAUCCAAUCCAGGGAUCCCUGCCUCCUUACAGUCGGCUGGGUAUGCCACUCACCCCCACGGCCCUAGCCAGCUCAAUGCAAGGCAGCGGGCCAACAUUCCCUUCUUUCCACAUGCCCAGGUACCACCACUAUUUCCAGCAAGGGCCGUAUGCUGCUAUUCAGGGACUCAGACACUCCUCGGCAGUGAUGACACCAUUUGUAUGACUGGAGUGAAGAGAUGAAUAAACACAGAUAAAUAUACGUGACUGGAGUCAACUAUAGAAGACUGGCCCAUGGAGGAAAACUGUAAUGAUCAGGUUUAUUAGGCACUAUUAUAAAUAAGGAGAAAGGUACAAAACUGCUUGUUGAACGCCUCCCACCCCCAUCGCAGCGUAUGAAAGCAGCGUUGCAUGCAUUUCACCAAUAGGCCAACAUCUUUAUACCAAUCAACUGAGAGGAGUGGAAAUUAAUGGAGAUACAAAUAUGAUGUAUAUACAAAAAUAUUUUUGUCCUUUGAUCUUACAGGAGUAUCAUUAUAAAAGCUGAACAUUGUCUCAAUAAACAGUUUUGGUGAGGCCUUCCCCACAUAUUGACAUAUCCCCCUGUUUCUAACAUAGUUUGAGGCUCUUUCUCCAUUUGUCACAUUGUAAAUAGGCAUGGCGAAACAGAAAACUUAAGACCAGCAGACAACCUUGAGCUGGGUUUCCACGAGUCUUUCCAAGACAUUCCCCCUUGCCAAGAACACGUGAGAGCUGUUCUGUUCAUGGAUAUCUGGAAUAAACAUGAUCAGUAGGACUGUACAUGGAUCAUGGAGGAAAUGUUUUAGCCGUCACUAAUAUCUUGUUUAUCUCUAUCUAUUCUACUAAUCAA